UAGAGCUUCAGCUGCAUUGUCAGUUAAGAAGAAGAAGAAGAAGAACUACAGAGGAGGAUUCGUUCCUUUUAGCACUGGGAAAACAAAACUCAAAAAUGGAUGAGCAAGACUCAUUUGGACCAGAAAGAGGAAGAGACCCUGAUGUCAGUAUGGGAAACAGUGGCCGACUCUGGGAAGAGUUAGUGGAGAAGAUCCUGGCUGGAUCCAUUCCAGGUUUAGAUGUGCAGCGUUUCAGACAGCUCCACUACCAGGAGGCUGAAGGACCCCGAGAGGUUUGCAAGAAGCUGCAUGGUCUUUGCCGUCAGUGGCUGAAACCGGAGCAGCACACAAAAACCCAGAUCUUGGACCUGGUGAUCCUGGAGCAGUUCUUGGCCAUCCUUCCCUUGGAAAUGUCCAGCUGGCUGAGAGAGUGUGGAGCGGAGACCAGCUCCCAGGCGGUGGCCCUGGCCGAGGGCUUCCUCCUGAGUCAGGCGGAGGAGAAGAGGGAGGAGGAACAGCGGCAGGUCAAGGAUUUGUGUGCAGACCUGGGUCCUGCUUUCCCUGCAGCCUCAGCUCAGCUUGACAUAGCCUCAGAGGAAACGCGUGUCACCUUGCAGGGGGCUGGAAUGGCCUUGACCAUAAGUCCUCAGUCAUCUCCUCCACUUUGUGAUGGAGUAGAAGCAGAUCAGGGCCUGGUGACCUUUGAAGAGGUGGCGGUGUAUUUCACCAAGGACGAAUGGGCAAUGCUGAAUCUUGGCCAGAGAGCCUUGCACAGAGAAAUCAUGAUAGAGACCUUUAGGAUUGUGGCCUUUCUUGACCACGCUAGACAACAAAGACUCCAGGCAGAGGCAAGACCAUAUAAAUGUUUGGAAUGUCAGAAGACCUUCAGGCAGCACAGAGACCUUAUCAGACAUCAGCGAAUUCACACUGGGGAGAAACCCUAUCAAUGCUUGGAGUGUGGAAAAAGCUUCAGUCAAAAGGGAAACCAUAAUUAUCAUCAAAGAACUCACACAGGGGAGAAACCCUAUAAAUGCCUGGAGUGUGGUAAGAGUUUCCGGGGAAAGAAAGAUCUUGCUAAACAUCAGAGCAUUCACACCGGGGAACGACCAUACCCAUGCUUGGACUGUGGAAAGAGUUUCAUUCGGAAUACAGACCUCACUAAACAUCAGAGAAUUCACACAGGGGAAAAACCUUAUACGUGCUUGGAGUGUGGGAGCAACUUUAGUGAAAAGAGAAAACUUCUCUCCCAUCAGACUGUUCACACUGGCGAGAAACCCUUUAAAUGUUUGGAGUGUGGAAAGAGCUUCAGUCAGAAAUCAAGUGUCAGUUGCCAUCAGCGGAUUCACACAGGGGAGAAACCGUACACGUGCUUAGAGUGUGGGAACAGCUUCAACAAGAAGUCAGUUCUUACUUCUCAUCAAAGAAUUCACACAGGGGAGAAACCAUAUAAAUGCCUGGAGUGUGGAAGGGAUUUCAGUCAGAGAGGAAAUCUCAGUGACCAUAAAAGAACUCACACAGGAGAGAAACCAUUCAAAUGUCUGGAGUGCGGACAGAGCUUCAGCGGGAAGCGAAAUCUGAUUAAACAUCAAACGAUUCACACUGGAGUAAAACCAUACCAUUGUUUGGAGUGUGGAAAAAGCUUUAGUUAUAAGUCAGCUCUUACUAGACAUGAAAAAAAGACACACAAGGGACACAAGUUAACUUUCUCCAUGAGAAAGGAGAUGGCAAGAAAGAUGGAGGAAGAGUGUUCAUCCGCAGAUUCCCAAUUCCGGGCUUCUCUAGAGCAGGGAUUUAAACCGGGGAUGAAAACGGAGAAGAAGGACACAUUGGAUCCCAAAUCAGAGAAGGGACCCAAAGGGUUGAAAAAAGUUCUCCUUGCAAGUGCUGAGGUGGGAUCUGUUGGACAGGAGGCAUUACAACAUGUCUGGGAGGCCCAAUGGCAAGCCUUCCUCAAGGCAAUGGAGUCCCCUCACACUGGCGCCCAGGACCCACAGUUGCCAGAAAUGGCUGUCUCUGGGAGUACAGAGACUUUCCCAUCCCCUUACGAGGGGUCCAAGGAGGACAGAGAUUGGUAUCUGAGUAAUGUCAACAGGGGAGCUGAACUUGCACCUAGCAGGCUGUAUCCAAGACAAAAAGGACCCUCCGGGAAACUGAAAGAACAGAUGGCAGAACCCCUCAGCGCUGAGGUCUUUCGCCGACACUUCAGGCAAUUGCGCUAUUGUGAAGUCGAGGGCCCCAACGUGGCUUGCAUCCGGCUCCGGGAACUUUGCCGUCAGUGGCUGAAGCCAGAGAGGCACACCAAAGAGGAGAUCCUGGAGCUGGUGAUCCUGGAGCAGUUCUUGACCAUCCUGCCCCGGGAGAUCCAGGGCCGGGUGAAGGAGGGAAGCCCUGAGACCUGUGCCCAAGCAGUGGCCCUGGUGGAGGGGUUCCUGCCAGCACAACUGGAGGCUGGUAGUUGGGAAGAGCAGGGUCCCGGACUCUGCCAGGAGAUGCUUGUGAAUUUCCCAAGUGGCGGGAAAGAUGUUUUGGGGAAUAUACAGAAGCACAUCUGGAAUGUGGUGAAGGAGGAGUGUGAAGGAAGUUUGAUAGAUGAACACGGUGUGGAGAAUGAUAAAGCUCACAUGCAGGAAGGCCCAGAGCAAGAAGAUUGUGGGAUAUUACAAGGAAAACUCGCAGAGAAUAAGGUUGUGUACCACAAUCAGGCAGAAGUAUCUUGUGGUUUGCAUGGAACAUGGGGAAAACCCAGAAGCAAUCAGAAGCCAGGAAUGGAUUCAUCAAUUCCUAGCAGAGGGAACCACCAAAAACUGAAUGAACUCUUAGUCAGGGAAGGGCUGGGGAGCCUGAGUAAAUACAAACAGAGUCUGAAUCUCAUGAUCCGCAAGAGACCCCUUGUGGAAGAGAAACCAUUCAAAUGCUCAGACUGUGGGAAGUCCUUCCGAAUGAAGGACAAACUUGUUAGGCAUCACAAAACCCACACAGGGGAGAAGCCUUAUGGAUGUUUAGACUGCGGCAAAUAUUUCAGUACCAAAUAUGGCCUCUUUAGACAUCACAGGAUCCACCGUGGUGAGAAACCGUAUGAAUGCUCAUACUGCGGGAAAUGUUUCCGAAUGAACUACGACCUCAUCAGGCACAACCGAAUCCACACCGGGGAAAGGCCCUUCGAGUGUUCAGACUGUGGGAAGUCUUUCAGCAUGAACUCGGAUCUCAUGAGGCACCGUCGGACUCACACGGGGGAGAGACCAUUCAAAUGUUCAGACUGUGGGAAAACCUUUGGUCUUAAAGGCAGUCUGACUGCCCAUGUCAGGAUCCACAAGGGGCUAAAACCGUUCAGAUGCAACGAGUGCGGGAAGUGUUUCAACCAGAGUUCAAAACUUAAAGCCCACCUGAGGAUUCAUUCAAGAUCCUCACUGUAGGAGUAACACUGGACUCUAGCCAAAACUUCCAGCAUUUUAUGCUGGUGCUAUCAUUAGACUGAAUGAAUUUGUCACUUUGGGCAGCAGUGCUUCAAGCACAGUUUAAGGCCUUCCUGACAUUUCACACAGGAUCCUCCCUGUAGGAGUGUAGAUCUCUGGCCAAACCUUUCACAAUUCAUGCUUGGCAGCAUUUCGUUUUUCCUGCCCAUGUGUAGUAUCCUACAAUUUUCCCUGUUGAACAAAAUGAAUUUCAACAGGGAGAAAUGUAGGAUACUAUAUUUGGGUAGUAAAAAUGAAAUGCACAGGUAUAGGAUGAUUGACACCUAGCUUGAUGGCAGUACAUGCGAAAGGGAUCUAGGAGGCUUAGUGGAACCCAGGCUGAACAUGAAUUAACAAUUUGAUGCAGCAGCUAAAAAAAGCCAGUGUGAUUCUAGACUGCAUCAAUAGGAGUAUAGUGUCUAGAUCAAGGGAAGUAAUAGUGCCACUAUAUUCUGCUUUGGUCAGGCCUCA